AUGGAAAAUGCAUCUUGGUGGAAUGAAAGAUUAUGGAAAUCAUUUGUUGAUCAUCCAAGUUAUUUGAAUAAUGGAAUGAAUGAAUAUGAACAAUCCAUUGGGGGAGUACGUUAUACAAGUCAACAAUCAUCGAAUGUAAAACAGUUACGAUCAUCUAAUAUACCAACCGUAUCAACAAUUCCUGACAUAUCUAACAUCAUACGGUCUAACAGUGACUCCAAUUACCAGAAUGUAACAAAUUUUGAUUCACAGACAACUGUAUUCCAAGAUAAUUCAACUCGGAGAUCAUCCAACCCACAAUUAUGUAGUAAUAAUUUAUUUCAACAAUUUUGUUCUAGACAUGCAAUAAAUAAUAUGCAUUCUAUCUAUGGAAACAGAAGUCGCCCUUUAGGUUCAUUGCGUGUUUACUACUUGACAAGACCACAUUCAGCAGUCACAUUUGGAAGAUCAACAUCUCUACAAAGACCACCCCAGGAGUCACAAAAUAUCAAAUCCUGCAUGACUGUUUCUUCUCCGUUAUCUACAAGACGACUAACUAGUACUGAUCUUUGUUUUUCGAAAGAAAAUUCAUUUUCCACCCUACUGCCUGGCACCACUUCCUCCUCUGUGAAACGGUCGAAUUCAAUUGACUGUAGUGGCAAAAUCUGCAAAUUGCAUGAGCGAUCUGCAACACCAUCCUUGUGUGAAAACGUAAGUAAAAAGAUGAUAAAUUCUAACCCGUGUACUAGAAGGGGAUCAGCCGUGAAAGCUCGCAGUUCACUAGUGGAUACUCUACAACAAAAGUCUCAACCUCCUCGUAGAGUUUCAUCUGCUUAUGGAAGCGAUAAAACAAUCAGAUAUGGAAGCAGAAUCACAAAUACAUUGAAUGUAGAUCAUGAUCACUCAGAUUACAGUCGCAUACGAAACAUCUUUGAAGAACCUACACAGCAAUUCUUUACAACUACCAGUCCCAAUGAAUAUAUAUCUCUAAAUAGUGCAAGAAAGUUGAAUGAUCAAUUAACUACAACAAAUCAGCAUUCUUCGAUCGUUCAGAAUAAAAAGUCUGACACAGAUAUCCACAAACAGUUAUCGAAAACUUCUGUUUUAUCUGUAACUCCUGUUAGUUUUCAAAAUAUUAAAUUUUUCAAAUAUCCCUCGUCACCAAAAAAAUCAGGUAAAUGCAAACUUGGUACACCAUUAAAUAAAUCUGAACAAGUAAAACCCUUUUUUGAAAAAUCCGAAAUAGAUUUUAUCCCUACAUAUAAUGCUAAUCAAAACACUACUAAAAAUAUCACAGCAUCAGAUCAUAAUGAUAGUAAACUGAAAUGUAAUGCACCGAGUCAAGAGGAAAAUAAGCUUCCAGUAGCAAUAAAAUCCAAUGAUACAAUAAUAAUUGAGGAAGAUGUCAAUGUAUGUCACGAGAACAGCUCAAAAUGUGAUUUCAUUAAAAAAGAACCUGUAGAAAUCAUUGAAACAACAGCAAAUGCAGUUAUGAUAUCCGAAGUUUCAGCAAGAGAAGAUAAAACAGACUCUGUUAUACCACCGAAAGAAGAAUUAAGAGAUUUAUGUAAAUCACCAGAGUUUACAAAGGUAGCUUCUAAGUUUCUAAUGUCCGAUGAUCAGAUAUCAGUAGUAUUUAGAAAUCCAGAUACCGAAGAAUGCCAAUCACUAUCACAAGUUGAUGAACUAUGUAACUCCGGAGGAAUUGGUGCAAAAUUAGAUAUGGAACACUUAAUUUUGUCUACGACUAGUGAAAAUAAGAAUAGCGAUUCAGAUGACACUUUGCAAUCCGAAUUAAUUUCCUGUGAAAAUGACCAGUCAAGUUCAAAUUCAACACAUAAAUCAUUAGAAUUUAUUGCGGAACGGAAUGACGAAAUUCAGCCUGACAAUAUAUUUAAUGAAAAUGUUUCAAAUACUCCAAGUGUGAACGAAUCCAUAAUUGUGGAAGAUGAAUCCAGGGAAAUGUUCCCCUCCGGUAAUCAUAUUAAAGAAAUAAAGAGAUCCAACUUAUGUGAUGAAGUUGAGAAGACGUCCAUGCAUGGUGAACCACGUAAAUGUUUAUCGAUUUCAAAAUCAAAUAACACUGAACAACUGCCUUAUAGAUUUUCCUCAUCAACUAAGCUAAUAACUCAGAAUGAUCUAUCAUAUACGGAUGAAAACUUGUCAUCCUGUGAUUUCGUUAUUACCAACUCUUUUCCCAUAAAAUCGAUACUUAAACGCCCUAAAAGUUUUGCAAAAUCACAAACAGACAGCAAAGUGUCUAACAAAACAUUGAACGUGACAGUAAACGAUGAAAUUGGUUCCACUAUAUACAACACUAAUCUAACUGGUUUGACUUUUUAUGAAACUAAUAAUCAAGAAACUUCUUCUAUAAGACCUUUUUCCGCUAACUCUUGGAAAUCAGAAAUACCUAACAUUGUUGCAAAUAGUGUCAUUCGAAAUUUUGAUGAAGAUCUUAAUAUUACUAAUAUAUCUACAACUAAUAAUUAUAAUAUUACUACAAUUAGACCAAAAUCAUCUACACUAAAAAGUAAACUUUAUACACAAUCAAAAGAUAAAUUAACAUCAAAUCGUUCUAAUAGACCCGGUGUACGUUUUGACAUAAAAAAUAAUUCUAUACUGGAAUUUUAUUCACAUGAUAUAAUUAAUAAAUCAUAA